AUGACGUCUUCAAAAAAAUGGCUUGAUAAUGCAAUUUCUGAUGGUGAAAUUCAUAAAAUAUCAUAUGAAACAAUUUCUAAGGGAGAACAUAUUGGUGAAGGAUCAUUCGGAAAAGUUUAUUUAGCUAAAUGCACUUCAAUUUCCGAGAAAAUUGUACUCAAAAAGAUCAAAAAAUGUCAUAUCAAAGGAAAAGAUAGCUUCGACGCAUUUAUAAAGGAGUUAAAAAUACAUAGUGCUUUAGAUCUUCAUGCGAACAUUAUUCGCUUUUAUGGAAUUAGCGAGCACAAAAACUGCUAUUUGCUGGUAAUGCAAUUCGCAAAUAACGGGAUGUUGCGUGAAUUUUUGAAAGAGAAAUGUGAUACUUUAGAUUGGACUACAAAGGUGUCACUAGCCAAGCAAACGGCUGAUGGUAUUCAUUAUCUUCACUCGCACGAUAUAAUUCAUCGAGAUUUGCAUUCCAAAAAUAUUUUAUUACACGAUGGUCAAAUAAAAAUCUCGGAUUUCGGUCUUUCUAAGGACAUUAAUAGUUUACCCUCCAGUCACAAUAAUCAAAUGGCCCUUAUGGGUCAAAUCAUAGCUGGAGUACGUGAAAAUUCACUUCCUGAUACUCCUGCUAAAUACAUGGAAUUAUAUCAGCAUUGUUGGAAACUUGAACCGAAAGAUCGGCCUUUAAUCCAGGAUGUUUGCAUUAGAUUAGAUUCAAUUACAAUUUGA